AUGCCGUUUGGGCCAAAGAAAUACCGUUUCUUACUGCUUUUCAUCGUGAUUUUCGUAAUCUUCAUUUUUCUACAUGAUCGAAAACCCGGCCUGCCGAGUUGGUUUGAGUUGGAACGCAUUGAUCCGGUGGAAGCCACUCUGAAGAGGUCGAUUUUUGAGCAGCACUAUCCGAAAGCUAGAAGCAAUCCUUCUCGAAUCACAAAAUAUGGGAACAGUGGUUUCGGUGACUCGCAUUACGAGGUGCCGAUCGAUGAUGAAGCCGUUUAUGUAUACAAGGCUUACUACGACUUGAGAGACCCGGCCGGCCCUCGAAUCCGGGUACUACUCACAUCAAACUGCAGCAUACUGGCAAACACUACCAACACCUGGGACCUGAAAAUCCGUGGGAAAUCGAUUGGGGUCGCAUGGAAGAAAUUGACAAAUGGGAACCGGCUAAGCAAAUGUAUGGAUGAGGGGUGCGCAUAUUGGCAUUACGAUAUUGCAUCUAAAGUCUACGAGGGAAACGUGCCAGAUAUGAUAACAUUUCACCGUAAUGAGUUUUUCGCUGAAAUCCCGGUCGAACGAUCUCCAUCGAAAUAUACAGAUGAUAUAUCGGCUUGUAUCGGAGCUCUGCAUUGGUUCAACGAUUGGCCUCGUCUGAUCCUGUAUGUAGAAAUGGCUCGUCUAAACGGAAUCUCUCGUAUUCUUGUCACUUGGCAAUCGAUAUCAAAAGAAGUGCAGGCUGUCAUUGAUUAUUAUCAACAAAGAGGAAUUAUAAAACCACAUCCAUGGCCAUUGUUGUCGUUUAAUGAAAAGAGAGAUCCAAAUUCGAAUGUCUACAUUGUCAGUCACAAUCUCUUCACUCAACAUUGUAAUUUCUGGUCGAGCAGCAAGUAUACGUUUUUGAGUGAUGUCGAUGAGAUGCUGUAUAUGAGAUACCAUAACAAGACGCUGUAUGUUUUGUUGAUCCUGCAAAUUGGUCAGGCUAAUUCUGAAGCCGGCUACAACUUCAAGCACACGCAAUUGGCCGUCAAAAUGGCGCCUCAACCAUUCGAAUUUGAGGAAUUUUUGAAGCUGGAUGGCUUGAGGAAGCCGAAAGCGUACGCCGAGUACAGAUUUCCCAAGUCCAUCUGGCUGACCGAAUACACGCGCGUCGCCUGGGUGCAUUACGCGAGGGAAUUCUUCGCCAACAAGACGAAUUAUGAUAUCCCUCCCGAAGAGGCGCUCUACUUUCAUUUGCGGGAAAAUUUCAAGAAGAAGGACGCUGUGAUACAGUACCCGGAUGUCGAACUUUUUCGAAAGGAUGAAACAGAUGAAAGACUCCGCGGGAUGGCGAGGACGAUUCGGGAAAUCUUCAAAAACUUCGAACCUGGUUAUCGCGCCCCGGUAAACUACGCGUUGAUGGAGGAGUGUCGGAGCCAGCAAAACAAGACUUGCGACGAUUCUGGGGUGACCUGCUGGGAUUUGCUAUCCGAAAUGGACAACUGGAUUCUUGCUGCACCCACACCGGAUAGUUAUUAUAUCCCGGUU